GCUGCAGCACACAGCGCUCCCUCCGCCUCACACACACACACACACACGCGCGCACACACACACACAGACAAACACAAACACACACUUUUACAAAUGCAUCGUAGAAGACUGGACUGGCCUGGAAAAUAUCUGAUCGAGCGCGUUCAUGAGUAAAUGUCUGGUUUUGCACUGUUUGUGAUUAAUGGAACAUCAAAAGCCGAUCUCAGCUCAGUGUGAUACAUUCCUGAGGAUAUGAGUCUGCCAGGGACAUAUAAACAUCAUUAAUGAACAAGAGGCAGACUGGAAAGACAGAGUGACAGAAAGAGGAGUGAAGGAUGUAGAGCCAGAGGGGGGGGCAGGAUGGAGUGCUCCUGGAAGACGGUGCUGCUGCUGGUGUGUGCCUCUCUGGGAGUCCAGUACACGGCCAUCCGCACCCUGAGGGAUUCGCUGUCUGGACCCUGUCAGGGAUCCUACCACUGCCAGACCAGACAUCACCGAGACUCCAGGUGGAGAGCUUUGUGCGAUGACAAUUGGAUGCCCGUCGAGUCGCCUCGGAAGCACAUCCUGCUGUUUGCCACCACACGCAGUGGCUCAUCCUUCACCGGUCAGCUCCUCAACCAGCACCCCGGGAUGUUCUAUGUGUUUGAGCCUCUCUACCACGUCCAGCAGGCCUUCACCAACUCCAGCAGCAGGCUGCGUCGCACCUUGGACCGCCGGGCCCUACUGGGAGCAUACAGGGACCUCCUCCUCAAUCUGUACACCUGCGACCUUCACUUUAUGGAGAGCUAUAUUCGUCCUGAGCCACAGGACCACAUCACAAGUUCUUUCUUCCGCCGAAGCUCCAGCCACGCCCUUUGUUCCCCUCCUGUGUGCCUGGAAGGAGGGGAUGGAGUGGGCUCUGAUCCACCUGAUGAAACCUGGUGUCCUAAGAAGUGCGGGGCACUGAACCUCACCUUGGCCUCUAUGUCAUGUCUGUCAAGGGAACACAUAGCCAUAAAGACAGUUCGGGUCCCUGAAGUGGGGGACCUGCGCACCCUGACUGAAGAUCCGCGUCUGGACCUGAAGAUCAUCCACCUGGUGAGGGACCCCAGAGCCAUCCUAGCCUCACGCAUGAUGGCGUUUUCAGAUCAGUUUCGUGCUUGGAAAAUAUGGAAUGCAACAGGACGGCAGCCACGAUAUGUGGACCUGUCACAGAUCACCAGCACCUGUAAGGACAUGGCGGCCUCUGCAGAAACAGGCCUGCAAAGGCCAGCCUGGCUGCGGGGACGCUACCUGCUGGUGCGGUAUGAGGACCUGGCUUUCAACCCAAAGGACAAGGCUGCUGAGAUCUACAGGUUCAUUGGGCUGGAGAUGGAGGACAGGGUGCAGAUGUGGAUCGCAAAGAACACCAACAGUAACGUGUCAUCUCCGUCUGAGUGGAACUACAGGUAUUCCACCACCAGAGACUCCAGAGCGACAGCAGAGAGCUGGAGGCUUCGUCUCGGCUUUGAUAUCGUGAGGACUGUGCAGAAUCUUUGUAAUGACACUCUGGCUCUGCUGGGAUACAGGCAAGUUCACUCCGCAGCUGGACUCAGAAACCUUUCCCAUAGUUUAGUGGAACCCCGGACCUUUCAGCCGGUCACAUGGUAGAUUUGAUUUCUUUUUUUUUUUUUAAUCUCACUGUUAUUUAUUUAUUUAUUUAUUUAUUACCGCUGACUUUCCCCUCUGUCAUACAGAAAUAAUGAAUGUAUUUUAUAUUAUUUUUGAAUAAUUUAAAAAGUAAUUUAUUAUCACUCAUAUUUUCACUUUUUAUGGUUUUGUUAGAUAUUAAAAGUGCCAAAUUUAAAGAGUGUGUGAUGCCAGAAAAGGUAUUGAUCUUAACUAAAGUGUAUACUGCUGUAUGUGUUGACAGAAUACCCCUCUUUACUUGUACAGCAAAACCUUGAGGUAUUCUAGUUUUAUUUUAUUUUUUCUCCACUAUUUAAUUUUCUCAUCAUCUUAGUGUUUACUGGGUUUAAAAGAGGAAAAAAGGACACUUCAAAGAAUCCAGGUACAAUUUCAGAGUAAAUCUGACCUUAAGUCUUAUAAAAAGUGAUUUUCUUGAAGGUGAGACACACAGGAAGCGAGGGGGUUUAUUUGCAAAAAGAGAAAAAAGAAGAAAGAAAUUAUAGGGCUUGUCUCCUGAGUGUCUCUAAUGCAUUCUGGAAAAGGAUUAAAAUGUCACAUGUUGUAGGUAGAAAAUCUUUGCCAGUGCAAUCUUCUGAAGCACACAGCAGCUCUGUUUCCUAAGUGAAGAUGUUCAGAAUAUAUGAGAAUAUGUUUGUUUUUUUCUUUACUGUAAAUGCUUAAAUACUAUUAAUACUGGUUAACUGUUGCAAUGCAAGUGUGCAAAUGUUGUGUAGUGGACA